AGACACCGAGUGUUCACGCACGCUCGUCGCGACGUCGCAGCAGCAUCGUUUGCAGUCGCAUUGUACGCAGUUGGACGGGAUUGUGGUUUCUUGAGGGUAGAAAUAGUGAAAAAGAGAAGAGAAAAAGGAAGUGAAUGUGAAAGAGUCUAUGGGGGCGUGUCCGACUGUAAAGGCGUCAUUUAUACGUAAUCAUCAUUGCUAGAGCUUCUUGUUGCGUUAAUAUGCGUGUUAUCCUUCUGCGAUGGGUAUAUUUCUUAUGCCGUACAUUCCACAGUGGGAGGUGGGUGGGGAGUCUCGGUCCAGGUGACGUGGGGAAUGGCGGCUGGACGUAAGACUUCGUUAGCUAAAGAGAACGAAGGUCUGCGAGCACAAAUUUUGGAUCUCAAAGAGCGACACGAAAAGGAGAAGAAAGAAUUGAAGACGGAGAACACGAACUUGCUCACUGAGAUGUCUCAGCUCGAUUGCGCUCGCGAGGAUCUUCAGGAAAAGCUUCACAGGCAGACACACGCGUUGGAGAGAGAAUUACAUGAUAGCCGCGCAGUACUACAUCAGCAAGUUGAGACACAGGAUCUGCUGCAGAAAGAAUGUAAGGAGUUGAAGACACUCAUCAGGGAUACGACUCCCGACUUUGCAGCCAAACUAAAGGACAUGAAAGACGAUUUCCCUGUUCAUCUGCAUGCUGUUUUCAAAGGAGUCACUGAGCAGUUUGUCCGACGAUCAAUAGAAGAAGUGGAGAAGGCAGUAGCCUUUUUGAAGGUCAGUGUGAGCGAGUGGACAGAUGAACAAGAGGUAGCAGAGCUGGCCGGUGUUGUAGUCUUCUUCUUCAGGAUUGAUAACGAAUCUUCAGUUGAUGAUUACAUCAAGAGUGUCAGUGCCCUUGGUAGAAUUGCUAUUUUGGUGCCGCUCGCUGAGAACGAAGGACCACUCAGUGUCAAGUCUAGCUCUAUGCUGCCCAUCUCAUCGACACUUAUACAGAUUGAUGUCCGUGCCUCGGACGGCUGUCUGUCGUCACACUACGUAAACAAGAUUGUGGACACUUGCAAAGUUGCACGAUUCACUGCUGCAUUGUCUUUGAUUUCUUCUUGAGCUCUCUUUUCAUUCAGUACUAUGUUUAUGGACCUAUAUACCAGCUGACGUUUGGACUUGCAUCAUUUAUAAUACAUAAAGGAUUGUAUAACUACAUAUGUAUAUUUAACUUUUUGUGCUCACAUACGUACAUACAUAGCUAAGUACCUACAUACAUACAUACGUACGUACAUACAUACAUACAUACAUACAUGCAUACAUACAUACAUACAUACAUGCAUACACAGAGCUGAUAUCUGUAAUCUUUAGUUGUGAACCUCUUUUUGGGGUACAUUUAUCGAUUUUGUUAUUGUCUUUAUCUGAGUGUUUCACAGCAUUGUCAACUGACUUACAGUCUUAUGAAUAUAUUACAGUGUUUGAUGCCA